GUCUCCGUAUGAAAAUGAAGUUCCCCGCCUGGAGUCGUCGGCGGCGAGCUGGGAACCAUGGAUGCCGUUUCCGCGUUGCGCCUUCCCCCAGCAGCAGCAGCAGCACCCGAGCGGAUGCGCCUCUUCCCUCUGAUGCGGUCCCAUUUUAUGGAUUCUGAUAUGGACUAUGAGAGGCCAAAUGUCGAGACCAUCAAAUGUGUGGUUGUCGGGGACAAUGCAGUGGGAAAGACCCGGCUCAUCUGUGCCCGAGCUUGCAAUGCCACCCUGACGCAGUACCAGCUGCUCGCCACACAUGUUCCCACUGUCUGGGCCAUAGACCAGUACAGAGUGUGUCAGGAGGUGUGUUUCUCCAACCAGGUUCUAGAGCGUUCCCGGGACGUGGUCGAUGACGUCAGCGUGUCCUUGCGGCUCUGGGACACGUUCGGGGAUCAUCACAAGGACCGUCGCUUUGCGUACGGAAGGUCUGAUGUAGUGGUGCUGUGCUUCUCAAUCGCGAACCCGAACUCGCUGCACCACGUCAGGACCAUGUGGUACCCAGAAAUCAAACACUUCUGCCCCAGAGCGCCCGUCAUCCUCGUCGGCUGCCAGCUGGACCUGAGAUAUGCCGACCUCGAGGCGGUAAACAGAGCGCGGCGCCCGCUGGCGAGGCCCAUCAAAUCAAACGAGAUCUUGCCACCGGAGAAGGGCCGUGAAGUAGCGAAAGAGCUUGGUGUCCCGUAUUACGAGACCAGCGUGGUCGCCCAGUUCGGCAUCAAGGAUGUAUUUGACAACGCCAUCCGUGCCGCCCUGAUAUCUCGCCGUCACCUGCAGUUCUGGAAGUCGCACUUGCGCAACGUCCAACGGCCCCUCCUCCAAGCCCCGUUUCUCCCUCCCAAACCUCCUCCGCCCAUCAUCACGGUGCCGCCUCCCCCCAGCAGCAUGGAGGAGCACCCGGGGCGUCUGCUGGAGGACCCGCUGUGCGCCGACGUCGUCCUUGUGCUUCAGGAGAGCCAAAGAAUCUUUGCUCACCGCAUCUACCUCGCCACGGCCUCGUCCAAAUUCUAUGACCUUUUCUUGGUUGACCAUCGGACUCCCGAGGCCAAAAAAGAGCGUACACGUGUGCCUCUAUCCGGCCGCGAGCUGCUGAUGCGUGCUGCCAGCUUCGACGUUUGCGAGAGCAGCGACGAAAGAGAACGAGCCAACCUACGCGCCUGCACCAGUGACGGGACGCUCAGAGGAGGCGAAGGAGGCCGUCUGCUCCCCGCGUUCAGCCGAGCCUUUGUCAGCGUUCGGGAGGAAGUAGUGGACGAUCCCUUGACCUUUAACUCCAGGCCUAUGACUGUGGUCCACAUGGAUGCCUCCAUGCAGCCGGGGCCAUUCCGUGCUGUUCUGCGCUACCUCUACACCGGGAAGCUGGACGAGCAUGAGAAGGAACUGAUGCAGGUGGCUCAUAUCGCCGAGCUGCUAGAGGUGUUUGAUCUCCGCAUGAUGGUGGCCAACAUCCUGAACGAUGAAGCUUUCAUGAACCAGGAGAUCACCAAGGCCUUCCAUGUGAGGCGUACCAACCGGAUCAAAGAGUGCCUGGCUAAGGGAACCUUUUCUGAUGUGGUGUUCAAGCUGGAUGACGGUACGAUCAUGGCCCAUAAACCUUUGCUCAUCUCGAGCUGCGACUGGAUGGCAGCCAUGUUCGGAGGCCCGUUCGUGGAGAGCUGUACUAAAGAGGUCUUGUUUCCAAUCACAACGCGUAGCUGCAUGCGUGCCGUGCUGGAGUAUCUCUACACAGGACGCUUCUGUUCUCGCCCAGACCUGGACGCCAUGGAGCUUAUUGUUCUUGCAAACCGUCUCUGCCUGCCUCACCUGGUUGCACUGACAGAGCUUUACACUGUGACUGUGCUUAUGGAGGCUGCUAUGAUGGGAGCUGAUAUUGACGGAGAAGUGCUGGUUUAUCUUGAAAUGGCUCAGUUCCACGGUGCCCAGCAGUUAGCCGGAUGGUGCCUCCACCACAUCUGCACUAAUUAUAACAGCGUCUGCCGCAAGUUCCCUCGUGACAUGAAGGCCAAGUCUGCAGAGAACCAGGAGUACUUCGAGAAGCAUCGCUGGCCUCCGGUGUGGUACCUCAAGGAGGAUGAUCAUUACCAGCGGGCACGCAAAGAGCGGGAGAAAGAGGACUACCUGUACCAGAAACGCCAGUGUAAACGAAAGUGGCUCUUCUGGAAUCUUCCGUCCACACCUUCUUCCAACUCUCCAUCUUCUCCUGGGUCCUCUGCUGUCAUGUGAUUGAAGUGCGAGAAUUAGAUGGGAAAUAAAAGCCGCGACAGCCAUUUUGCCAAAAAUAUCCAGGCGACGUCUUUGAACUACUAAACAGGAAAAGAAAAAGAAACAUUAUCCAGAGACUGUAUGAUUUUUUUUUUCCAGAGAAACUUUGAUUCCUUGGCUGUUCACAUCCACUCAGAACCAGCAGACACUCAAGACAAGUGCUGAGUGUCACAAAUCACGUGACUUUUCCACUCUGAAAACAUUCAAAAAACACCAGUAAAUGGCUGAGCUUGUUUUUUUCUCCCAUGCUGAUAUUCUGCAUGGACGAGCAUGCAGAUCGCUAUAUUAGGUUUUCCCCAUGAUACAACUGAAUUGUCCGAGAUGAAAUGAUAUAUUCACUCGUUCCUGCUCUUGCGGAUUGUCUAUAUGACCCGAAUUGCCCAGACUGUUACUUUGACUUCGAAUUGUGAAUCGUUUUCACAAAUCGGGAGCUGUUUUGUACAAUUCAGAAAAGGGCUCUCGUUUUUUUCCUCAUCACAUUUGGACCCUUUAUUAUUUAGCAAAAAUUGGAGGUUGACCUUCGCAGAAAAGGCUUGCACAAAUUCAUGAAUGAUAAUAAAAGAAGCUCGGAAUGCUCACCACAAAACUCACGACCUCAACUCUAAGGUCUUCAAGUCAGACUUAACGGAGUCCCAACACACAAGUGUAUUACUUUAAAAAUGCUCCCCCUCCUGGUUGAGAGAUGGCCUUCAUCUGACAAACGUUUAGUCUUUGCCUAAGGUAUCACGUGAACAACGAACGCGUUUGAACUAAACUCUUCAAGGUGGUACAGUAGGUCUCCAAAAACAGGGAUGCUUUUAAUUUCCGGAACGCUGCAUGUCCCGACCUUGCUCUCAGAAUCAAAACAUAUCUAGAGAUAUUUACACUAUAGGCUCAUGGGCAGGCCCAUGAUCAGGCCAUAUUUAUUCGAAUGUAUUCACUAAGUAGUUUUACCGUCUAUCGUAGAGAGCACGUAAUGCUUACGUACGAACUGAAGUUUUUAGAGCUCUAAACAGAAAACAAAAAAUCUGCUGAAACAAUGAGUAGUUGUUUACGGAAUGCGAAAUGCCACCGAGCUUUUAGAUAUAAGAUGCUGAUUACAGCGCUUUUUUUAAAACCUGUACGAGACAGGGUUACUGCAAGCAUGAUGUGUAGUAAGUCUUUUCUUACCCGCUAACCACGCUGAAUCAGAUUUAUUACAAAAAUCAGACUGGAAAAUCAGAUUUAUUAUAUUUGGUGUGUGCAGAAACCCAGCGUGGCAGGGAAUGUUCUAGGCUGUUUUGUGUCUGAAUAGAGUCCUAGUGGUCCUAGUUGGAGUCCCCAAGUUACGACGGUUGGACGAUAACAGCAGGCGACCGUAGCAGCGUAUAUAUGCGGUACGAUAUGUUGGGACGCUGUCGGAAUGUACGCAAUUCAAAUACGGCAUCGGUCGACAGAGUUCAAUUGUCUCUGCGUUAUUUUUUUUAGUGUGCUUCUUAGUGCUCGUUACUUCUGGCUCCGCCCUCCAAUCGCAAACCGGCGCUCAUCCGCGUGCCCGCUGCCACAUACAUAUAUACUGUACAGUUAAUACAUUAUGGUAGGGUAAAUUGCUCUGUUUUGCUAAAUUAUGUACUGUCAUUUGUUUAAUUAUUAACCGUCUGCUACUCCAUACUGACCACCAUUCUUUAAGACUUUUUGAGGGAAGCUAGGCCAUGUCACGAGUUUCGAUAUUUCCAAGUUGGGAAUACGAUGGAUUCAUCAGUAUGCAUCUCCAUCAUAAGUCAUGGACUUAAAUUGUGACCUAACAAACCAAUUUGAUCACUUUAGAGGAAUUUCGAAUAAAGCUUGUGGAUGGCAUGUUUAGUUUCUAGAAAUCAAGGUAGUAGGAACCAGCACAAACUUUGUUUACAUCAGUAAUUCUUCCAAUUUCAUAAAGUAAUGUCAAGGGGUUUUUUUUCUUUAGAGAACCGGUUUGUUCCAGGAAUUCAAGAUUUUCCAGAGAAAAAGUCGGUGAGAGCGUUUCUCUACGAUUAGCCUUAGACUUUUUUGCUUUAGGCUAUAACUGGUUUGACUAUAUCUUGAUGGACCCUGGGGCAUCAGCAAUUGUUUGGAACCAGUGCAACCUUCCUUGGAACCCCUGGAAAACUAAUCCACUAAUCCAUGGAGAACCCUUAACUUUAAUUGGUUUAGAGCACCUUUACAGGUUCUGUACCCAACGGAUGUCUGUCACAAUUCCAGUUUUUAAGAAUAGUAAUGCGUACACGGGUUAAGCCACCCUUCCACUCACACAAGCAUGGAUAAAUACUAAUGUAAACCUCAGCCUCCUGUAUUUCUUUUGGGAUUGGUGGAAUACGUAUUUCGUAUCGUAUUUAACCUUUGCCCUUUCUCCCAUCGUGUUAGAAAUGUAUAAAUAAUUUGGGUUGUGUUUUAACUUCAAAAAUGUUGAGUUACAGGCUAAAUUUGUGAAAAUGAUCAAUCUGGGUGAAUUCCUACAUUCAUAGGUUUGAGUUUCUUCCGGAAAACAAGGGUGGAGCAUGUAUGAGAACACAAAUGGGCUUCAUGAUCCAUCACGCUUAUGUUUACAUGUCAUUGGAUGUCUAUCCAUUAUGGAGAGUCCACCAAGGAACCUUGCUUUAAAAAUACAGUUUUACUUUGUUGUAUUUUUUCAUAUGAAAUCUUAGGUAAGGAAAUUGAAGUAUAUUUAGCACCAUGGCAUUUCGUUUUCAUUUCGCUAAUCUCUUUUCUGAAUAUAUCCUGUAAUAUAUGUGGUAAAAGAGGACAUUUCGAACAAUGGUAGCUCUUUUCAUUUAUAAAAAAAUAAUCUGUAUAUACAAAAAAUGGCCGUUUGAGCCGUUCUUUUGGUCUGCGAUUAUGACAGAUGUUCUUCUGAUCGAUAUUGUGCUAGUGAUGUCUCAAUGUGCUAAUGAGCUACUUAAAUGUCUUGCAGCAGGUGUGGAGCUGAAGAGAAAUGUACAGGUGGAUUUUAUUGAACAUAAUUGUGUUCAAUAAAACAAUAACUGUGAUUGACAACCUUGAGAAUUAGAAUCAUCUCAAACUAGCACGGCAGAAAACACGGCCUGAAACUGUACAUAAUUAAGCGUCACGAUGUGUAUAUACGUGCAUAUGGUCAUAAACUGCAGAAAACUUUUUUUUUUUUUUUAUCAGAUACCUUGUUGCUGUCCAAUGGAAACUUCCAAUGGUAAUUUUGUUAAAACAGAUUUAAUUCAUUUUCGGCUUCCGGCUUUCCAGGAUUCAGUCGUUCACGAUCCUUAUAGCACCAAGAAGUCGAUAUUCGCCGUUUAUGUACUAACGCAACAAUCUUUUCGUUGGACAGCACCGAAAGAGCAGGUGAACCCAUUUAGGAAUUUCUCAGUAAAUCAGCUGAAUCCAUAUCUGCUGCUGCAGUCGAGACACCCCAUGCCUUAAUGUAAACGAUUCUCUGUUACAGUAAAGGGUUCUUUUCGCUCGAUACUGUACGUGUUUGUACUGAAACAUAGUAAAACUUUGUAAGUACAUAAACAAACAUACUGCACACCGUCUAUUGAUUUAUCGUGUACUAGUUGUAUCCAUACUUUCAUAAUACUUUGGGUCAUAAAGUGUGUUUUUAGAUUGCUUUAUUAGCCGGCUUUAUUCAAAAAUAAUGUCGUUGUGAUCGAAAGGUACCAUUGUUAAUAGCCUUAGAAAUUAGCAAAGGCAGUUUGCUGAGUCAUCCACGUCCGUGACCGCCCAUGGCCCAUGAAAUCAGUGCAGGGAAUUCGACUUUAAAUUUGUCUUUCGUUUUUAUGAUGCUGAAAAGAAAUUCUAUCUAUAAAGUUAAGUGUGAAACCAAUCACGUGCAUGUAAUAGACUUCGUAAACGAAUGUUCGGCAGCAGUAAAUAUAUACAUACGUAUUAGCAAAACAGCUGAGCGCUAUGCAGUACAAUAUAGGCUUCUACUGUAUAUCGUAUAGUGCACUUUAGUGCAGUUUUAGAUACUAAGGCACGUUCUGGCUAUGAUUAUAGAUAAUAUAAACUCUAGAAGGGGAAAAAUAAAAAAAAGAAAAAUCCUGAAUCCUCGGUGCUAACAUAACACCGCUGCAAAGAAGCACAAACCAAAGGGAGAUCCAGCCCCCCUGCACAAUCACCAGUUCCUCGGUCAACGAGUAGCCGAUGUUGAUUACAAAACUUGAAUGUUUUCUCAGUAUUAGCAAGCUGAUGCUCACAUUUUUUUUAUUCGGUGUGUGAGGGUGGGUUUGGGGUAGUUUGUACUAUCAGGAAAUGGACAUCUGACAUUGUAGCAUGUAUUCUGCUGUAAAUCGUGUUUAUUUAAUAAAUCCUAAU